AAAUUCAAAUAAAAACCGUCAAUCUAUUCUUUUUUUUAAAUAAAAACAGUCGAUCUCCGUUUUCUUGGUUCCACAAGAGAAGAAGAAAUAAAAUCACAGUCAAAAGCAACUCACUCUCAGUCCUCUCUGUAACCGCAAUUUCAGUGAUCAACUCUGCCAUUACAAAGAAAACGACCAAUCCACCACUACCCUCAACUGCCGUUUGCUUUGCUCCGACACUCUUUACUUUCGAAUCUAUGUUUUAGCAUAAAUCAAAUGGAAUCCAGAAAAGCAGAACCCAUUUCCCAUCGGGUGACCGGGAAACCGGACUCCGUUUCUCAUCCGGUGCCCGAUAAAGCAGAUUCGGGUUCUCAAUCUCACCCGAACUCGGAUGAGCCCGAAAAAAUCACCGCUUCAGACUCUUCGCCAGCUAGCUCCGACGAAAUGGAAUACAAAACACCAGAACCCAUUUCUCGCCGGGUGCCCGGGAAACCGGAAUCAUUCUCCCAUCCGGUGCCCGCGAAAGCGAAAGCGGGUUCUCUCUGGAAUCUGAUGGAAACCGGGGAAGAUGCUGCUACAGAUUCUCCGCCAGCUUGCUCAAGCCGAAUGGAAUCUAGAAAACGGGAACAUGUUUCUAGCCCGCCGGCAGAAAAACUGGGAUACGUUUCUCAUUCGCCGUCAAGGAAAGGAAAAUCAGUUUUUCACCGGAAUUUGCAGGAUACCGGAAAACCCGCUGCUUCAGAGUCUUCGCCGGUUAGCUCACUCCGAACGAAACCCAGAAAAUCAGAACCCGGAAAGGAGAUAGCUUCAGCUUCUUUUCCAGCUAGUAAUCACAAGUAUACUUCCAGCGGAGACGGUGUUACUGAAGAACAAGAUUUGCCGCCGCGAGAGUCAACGCAGAGGUCUUCGAUUUCUUCCGACGUAAGCUAUCUAACCCAAGAAUCCUCCCCGCGGGAAGAAAAGGCAAUUAUGUGCCUUCCGGCGCCGGUGGAGAUGGAUCCCAGGCAGGAGGUGAUGGUGAGAAGGUCAUCAGAACAGGAUUCUUUGGCCUUGGUGGUGAUUGAUGAGUACGCCGGAGAUGUGGACGGCGGUGCGGGAGGAAGCAGGGGCAGCGAGAACCGGCGGAGGUUGAAGGAAAGGUUGUCGACGAUGAGGAGGUCGCAGAGAGAGAAGAUGUUGAAGAAAGCUGCUUUGGGUUUUCGGGUUUUUGGAUUUAUGCUGUGUUUGGUUUCCUUGUCCGUCAUGGUGGCUGAUCGGAAACAGGGCUGGGCUAUUGAUUCUUUCGAGCUUUACAAGGAGUUCAGGACUUGAAUUAAAUGUAGUGAUGAGAAGAAAGUGGAAAUGGCAGGUACUCAACGACAGUCAAUGCAAUAGGGUUUGUGUACUCAGGAGCACAGGCAAUUGGUUUGAUUUAUCACCUUGCAACUGGCAGGAAUGCUUUCCACCACCCUUUCCGCCAUCUCUUUGAUUUUACAGUAGAUCAGGUGAUAACAUACCUUCUAAUUUCCGCGUCGUCUUCGGCUGCCACACGGGUUGAUGAAUGGCGAUCCAACUGGGGAAACGACAGGUUCCCGGAUAUGGCGAGUGCGUCUGUGACUGUGUCCUUCUUUGCCUUCCUUUCGUUGGCUUUCAGCUCUAUCAUCUCUGGUUAUGUUCUUUGCACUUCCAGAUCUAUGCACAUUUAAAGUGAUUUGGUGUUUGCAUGUAAUUUUACUCUUUUGUAACAAGCUGUUCAUUCUCAAGAAAUGUGUAAACCCCCCUAAGUCCAAGGAAUUUGAGAUUAAGGAUUGGGAAAGUUUAGUUUUCCAGGUAACGGGAAGUACAUCUUCACCAGAGGGAGUGACCGAGACUGAUGACUGGAUAAAUCGAGAGAGCAGAUAGAGUGAAGCCUUGACUCAUGACUUCAAUUCCUUAACAGUUCAAUAUUGCUCAUCACAUAAAGCUAAUGGGGACAUCAGUUUUGAACUGGAACUGGUAUUGGUACUGUCGGUUAUAGAAACAAAACCGAUUGCGAUCAUAUGUUGUGAUAAACGCCAGGGUCUCCUUAGAAAAUGUAGUGUCAAUCACAUUUUCACCAGAAAUGAAAAUUGAAUUAGUUCCUAAGAACCAGAACUAGGACCUUGUUAUUUAAGUUUCUUGUGCAUUUCUAUCAUAUUGAGGAUUGAUACUGGUGGUUCCAAAAUUGGAUCUGGCUAGGAACAGAACGAGUACAAUGAUUCAAUUUACC